AAGGCAUACGACAAGCUUUCUCGGGAACUCUUCCCCGAAACUGAACCAGACGAGGAGCGCAUCGAGCCAGACCGGCAAUCGAGCUUGAAACUCACGUCUCUGGGAAUUGAGCUUGCGCUUAAGCAACAGGAAGAGCUGCGGUCUGAGCGCGAGACAAUUAUCCAAGAGUGGGACGGCAAUAUUAUCCCGCCCUCCAAAGCUGAUAUCCGAAUCCGGGACGUGGGUAAACGUUACCUAUCGGCUGGUGAUGCAUUGUGGCAACACCAUAAAAAGAAAGCAAGGCUGGAUGAUCCUAGUAUUGUCCGCCUGCUAAAGCCAGGCGGUGAGGGGGUUUCGGAAUGCCUCCUUGCCCUUUACAAAAAAUGCGACGGUCUUGAGAAGACAAAAAAACGGCCAAGCGAGUUUCGUCGAGAGUCGAUCAAAUACUACGCAGGGGAAGGCCCCAACAAAGACGUUUGGUGUCAUGUAAAAGGGGACUGGACCUCUGGAGACAAUAUAGUCGCUGCACAUAUUGUGCCCUUCUUUCUCGAUAGCGAUGAGAUUGGCGAGAUACUCUUCGGCAGCCGAGCACCAGAUCUCCGAAGGGCCGGAAACUCGCUCCUGCUCCGGAAGCGGAUCGAGAAAUGGUUCAAUACAUACCAUGUUCUGAUUGUUCCCAUCAACCAGAGAGAGACACCUAUUAUGCGCUGGCGGAUUGACGUCAUCUCAUCUUCGAUCAAGAAUACUAGGUGGGCGGAUGGCCCGGGAGGGUUGGGAGGGGAUCUUGACGGGAAAGAAUUGACGUUUUAUAACGAGAAGCGUCCAGUUUCACGCUUUAUGUAUUUCCAUUUCGUCAUGGCUCUGGUCCGUAUCAAGGACGUCAAGCGAUAUGGAUGGCAAGAUAUUUGGGCCCGAUACUACCAGCAACGCCCAUUUCCUACACCAGGUAACUAUAUGCGACAGAGUAUGUUACUCGCGUUGGCCACCCAUUUUGGGACGGCUGAUAUGCACGUCGUCGAAUCCUGGAUUAAAGAUCAAGGCUUCGACUCUCCAUUGAAGUUAACCAAAGAGGAGACACAAGAGGCAGCACGCCGAGUGCACGUGGCCGUGGAGCAGGCGAUCAAUCGCGCUGAGAGAGACGAGAGCAUGGAAGAUGGCGAUAGUAGCAGCGGCAAUGAGGACGAGGACGAAGAUGAGGGUGAGGGCGAAGAUGAUGGUGAGGGCGAAGAUGCGGGUGAGGGCGAAGAUGAGAAUGAUUAGAUAGGGAAGGGUAGCGGACGGGCCGAUAAAUUAUACGUAUUUAGCAGCGGCCUCGACCCUCUCCUUCGUGAUGUCGAAGGUUUUGGCCUCGUCGGACAUGAUCAAAUGGGGUAGAACUGUCGGAUGCGGCGUGCUCGUUCGCUGCUUAUUCGGUGUACUUCUAAAGCCCCAUUUUCGACUCCCGUAUUCCCUCAUUUUCGCCCGCUUUGAGUCCCAAAGAGAAGGUUCCUAACCGCUAGACUAGUAGUUGGGUGGGCCAGUGGCAUUCCAGUGGUGGUCGUGGCGG